AAGAAAAGAAAAUUGAAGAGUGGAAUUCAUGUGUUCCGCUAAUAGAUUUUGAUGAAUUUGCAGGUGACCUUGUAGAAGAUUCAUAUCAUAUAUAGAUUUCCUGGUGUUUCUUAUUGCCAGGAGAGUUUCUAGCUCAUUUGUAAAGCUCAAUAUGGCUUUGAGUAGGCAAGCCAUGUUUAGUCUAAACAUUUGUGCUAGAAAUCUGAAUCAACUUUCAAGAAUUGAAAGCCUCCAGUCAAAGCCAAAGCUAAGAUCUUACUCCAGGCCUGUCACGACUGCACUGGAAAAUUAUGAAUCCAGCAUUUACAGCAGCGGCAAGACAGAAUAUGCCAAUGUCAAUUGGGAUGAACUUGGAUUUGCUCUAACUAAAACUGAUUACAUGUACGUAAUGAAUUGCUCUAAAGGCGAAGAAAUCUUUUCCGAAGGAAUCCUCACGCGUUUUGGAAACAUCGAGCUGUGCCCUUCAUCUGGAAUAUUGAACUAUGGCCAGGGAUUAUUCGAGGGACUGAAAGCGUAUAGGAAGGAAGAUGAGGGAAUUCUGCUGUUCCGGCCGGAGGAGAAUGCCCUGAGGAUGAAGAUGGGUGCGGAUAGAAUGUGCAUGCCAUCGCCAACAGUUGAGCAAUUCAUAGAUGCUGUUAAAAUGACUGUCCUGGCCAACAAGCGAUGGGUACCACCACAUGGGAGAGGGGCACUGUAUAUCAGGCCACUGCUCAUGGGAACUGGCCCAAAUCUGGGAGUUAAGCCAGCAUCCGAGUACACAUUCUUAACUUAUGCUUCCCCUGUGGGCAAUUAUCAUAAGAGUCCUAUGAACUUGGUCGUUGAAGACAAGGUCUGUCGUGCUACUCCUGGUGGUACAGGAGGAGUCAAAGCUGUCCCUAACUAUUCACCAAUCUACAAGGCAUUAACUCAAGCAAAAGCCAAAGGAUUCACUGAAGUCUUGUUUCUUGAUGCAUUGACUGGAAGAAACAUCGAGGAAGGUUCUGCCUGCAACAUCUUCAUUCUCAAGGGAAAUGUUAUCUCAACUCCAACAGUACAUGGGACUAUUCUCCCAGGAAUCACAAGGAAAAGCGUCAUCGAAAUCGCAUCAACUCUUGGUUACCAGGUUGAGGAACGAAAUGUUCCAAUCGAGGAGGUAUUUGAUGCGGAAGAAGUCUUCUGCACAGGAACAGCUAUGGUUCUCAAGUCUGUUGUAAGUAUAACCUACCAGGGUAAAAGGAUUGAAUACAAAAUGGGAGAAGAAACAGUGGCUCAGAAAUUGCAUGCAACAUUAACAGGAAUUCAAACUGGUCUUAUCGAGGACAAGAUGGGAUGGACAGUUGAGGUCGAUUAGCCUCCUUUGUUAUGACAUACUAAGAGCUUGAUGAUGUAAAACUACCUAAGGAGAUUGAGCAUUAGACCCUCUCUCUUCUUUGGUUUCUUUUUCAUGAAAUUCAUCAAUAAAUAAAACUAACUCUUGGAAAA